GUCUCUUUCCUCACAACUGCAUCCAGGCCUUCGACCACCCUCUCUUUCUUUAUCGUUCCAAAAUAACUCACUAACCUAAAAUGGCAUCUCUGGACUUACUACCAUUAGAGGAGGAUGCUAUAUUGGCCAUAGAAAAAAAUGCUGCAUUUGGUACGGGUAAUAUCCCUCGUUUGUCCGACGACGCGUCUGCGAACGAAAACUCCCAUUUUUUGCAGGAAGAAGUUGCACUAUUACCGCAAGUACAUCAGCAUUUCACCGUAGACUACGGGAGAACCCACGCAGGCCAAAAGGCUACGCGGCGAGAAUGUGUCUAUACUGGCAAGUCCAAAUGCCGUAACACGAGCCCUCUAGAGCUGGUUGUUCCCGACGAUAAAGAUUAUUAUUGCACUCGGCACUUUCCUAAGGGCCUACUGGGCAAGGAUCCCGACCGUUUACGAUGCAUUGCAAUUAAACGCAAAACCGGCGAGCUGUGCACGAAGCAAGAGUACAAGGCGUUGUGUCCGGAUCAGGACAGACGCACAUUCCUGUGCGAAUCACAUCGUAAUCGAUGUAGAGGCCGGAUCUUCCGGGUGCGUCAUGGGCAAAUCAGGACGAGCCACCCGUACAAGUUGGAUCGAAUCCGAGAGAAGCCUUCGGAUAACCUGGAAGUAUUAAUUCGAACAGGCCGAAAGGAUGAAAUUCAAAAAGUGCGGCGACUUGUCUUUGCCGGAUGGAAAUUUGACGCGUUAACAAGUGGCUAUGGGCCCGCGGUCAAGGUCGGUAUCCGCAAAGCCAUUGAAAAGUACUUCGAGACCUUACGCAUGACAACAGCAGACAUGGAGCGGGACUUAUGCAGCACUCACGAUUCGAUUGAAGCAUUUAAGAAAACUCUGGAUGAACACCAUGGCAGCGGUUAUGUAUAUAUCAUGGUGCCCAUUGCCCAGGAAGAGGAAUCUCGGCUUUCCAUUAAGGUCGGCUGGACUUCAGACCCCUCAUACCGUUUUCAAGACAAGUUAUUGUGCUGUGGGCUAGAACGAGACCGCUUGGAAAUAUUUCCGUCCACGCAGAAUCCAUUGAACUUCGUUUUCUUACUCGAGAAGAUCCUGCAUGAAAUCUGGUCCUACCAUCAAGAAGAUCAGAAUUGUAGAUCCACCACAAAAACACACGUCGAGUACUUUUGCUUUGACCGCCAUCCGGGUGAGCAGGUCAAGGAAGCCGCUGAUGCGAUCGUGGAUACCAUGAGACCACAUAUCAUGAAAUGGAUGGAAGCCAUUCAAUCCUUAGAUGAUCUUCACAGGGAAAUUUACGCAUUUCAUGACCAAACGUAAACGGGAGGCAUUAUAGUAAGCAGUAUAAGGCGUGUCAACUUUUACCUUCAAACAUGACCGAGAAAACACAGCUGGACAGAGAAUAGUACCUAUAAUUUAUGCCAUCAAUAUUGCACCAAAUACAUAUGCAAAUCUUUAAAGCGCCUUACGAGCGGCCCUGCAGCCA